AGAGCAUUGAAGGAAAUAAGACUUAAAGGGCUGGUCUUCUUCCUUCAUUUCUCAUAAGCGUGAUCAGUCACUGACAACAUAUGCUAAAGUGUUGAAGGGCUGAAUUGGUUCACUAAUCUUUCAUCUUCAGAUCGAAAAUGUGCAUGCACACAAUGAUUCUACUGGGUUUUGUGUGGUUUAGUCUGCCACUUCUUGUGGCCCUUGCCUCACCAACCCCUGCUUCGAAUGAUGAGAGAGGCCCCUGUCAAAUCUACAACUCUGGUCGCUCCGCAAACUGCCUUGGUCAGCAACUGGAUCAUGUUCCAUGGAAGCACCUCCCUUCCACGCUUGAAAGUAUAGAUCUCUCCUACAAUGAAAUUCAUGCCAUUCGUGUUAAUUACUUUUCUCACCUACCUCAUCUUCGUGUCCUCGAGCUGCAGUUCAACAACAUCUCUGUGAUUGAGGACCGUGCCUUCCACAACAACCCCCUCCUGGAGCAUCUUAACAUCUUUAACAACUCCCUAGAGGAAAUCCCUGCCAACGCCUUGCAGGACCUCUUCAACCUAAGGGAACUCCUUAUGUCGAAUAACCUUUACACCCAGGCCACAUUGUCAGCUGAUGUUUUCUCCAGAUUGACCCACCUCAAGGCCCUGUCCAUGGGCGGCCCCUUGGUCAAGGGUCUAAGGAAAGGGGACUUCCAGGCAUUGAGGAACAUUCAGUUGCAGGACUUUGCCAUUAAAACUUCAUCAAAUAUCAGUUACUAUGAGCCGGGUAGUCUGAAGGUAAUCCAGACAGGUAGAAUGGGUUUUGACAUGGCCAUAGAUCAGAAGCCGAAUUUCCUACCUUUGAUUCUACGAGACUUGGCCAACAAGACUUUCAGUCUCAUCCAAUUCAGGAACCUCUUUGAGUUCAUGUAUUACAUGGGAGAUGAGGAUAUUUUCAGAGGUUUGCAAGACAUCAAAGUAGAUUCACUCAUCUUUCACCGUGGAAAAUUCAAUGAGAACCUUAUGAGGAUGGCCCUGUUUAAUCUACAAAUCACCCCCCUUAAACGUCUGACACUUCAAUACAUUGACUUUGCUCGCUCACCCAACUUUCUGGAUAAUGGCUUGGGAUCCAGUAUCAAAGACCUUGCACUGAGUAGACUAAAUUUGUGGCACAUCAGUAAUCCAGACAUUUUGCGAUUUGACUGGCGCUUCACAUGGUUCAACAAAGUCCGACUGCUGUCCAUCCAGAAUGUCAACUUCAACUCUGUGCCUUGCGAUGCCUGGCUUAAUAUGGAAGACAUGGAGGUUUUGGACAUCUCAAACAACCGCCUGCAGGACAACAUCCUCUUCAACCAGAGAUGCGACUACAGGGGCACCAUGCCGGCUCUUCGUUCCUUCAAUGUCAGCACCAAUCAACUGACCAGCCUUCAGGACUUAGCCUCCCUGACCAGGGAGUUCAAACAGUUGAAGGUCCUGGAUGUCAGCCACAACAUGUUGGGCUCUGCUGAGAAGAGUCGCAACUGUAACUGGAUGCAGAACAUCACCCAGGUGAUCGCUCACCACAACCGAUUCGAAAGUGGUGUCCUCCAGUGUCUGCCCACCACAGUACAAUUCCUGGACCUCUCGUACUGUGACCUGGACCAGCUGGACAUGGCCUACUUCCAACAAACCAUCAGCCUCAAGGAGCUCCUGCUCAAUGGGAACAAGAUCAAGUUCAUCCCCUCUGGGUGGAGAAGUCACUCCUUGCAGUCACUGGCUUUGGAUGGGAACUCCUUUGGGCUCAUCAGCAUGGGCUCCUUCCAGGACAUGCCCCAGCUGUCUCGACUGACGGUGGGGAACAACCCAUUCCACUGCACCUGCGACCUCCAUGCCUUCAUCCAGCAUACAAUUUCCAAGGGGAAGGUCAACAUCAGCGACUGGCCAGAGAACUACAAGUGUUACCAUCCAGAGGCCCUGCUCAAUACCGCUGUGGCAAAUUUCUUCCCGGGUCACGUGGCCUGCGAUAUCAGACUGGUCAUCAUCAUCUGUGUGGCUACUACUGUAGCUGUGGUUUUAGUGUUGAUGCUUAUAUGCUACAUAUUCAAUGUUCCCUGGUACAUCAAAGCCACAUAUCAGAUCCUCAGAGCCAAAUACAGGGCUCAUCAGGAAGGAGCAUCUGGAAAAUCACAGAUCUAUGUUUACCAUGCCUUUAUCUCCUACAGCCACCCAGAUGCAGACUGGGUCAGGGACCAGUUGUUGCCCUGCUUGGAGAACAGCAAGCCCCCCUACCGACUCUGUAUCCAUGAGAGAGACUUCAUGCCAGGAAAGUGGAUCAUCGACAACAUCAUUGAAAAUAUUGAGAGCAGCGAAAAGGUCAUAUUUGUGUUGUCACACCACUUUGUGAACAGCGAUUGGUGCAACUACGAGCUCUACUUUGCCCAGCAAAGAGCCAUCGGCAAGACCUUCAGCGAUGUUAUUCUGGUGGUGAAAGAGCCCAUCGACCCUGAAUCUCUGCCCAGCAAGUAUUGUAAGCUCAAGAAGAUGCUGUACACCAAAACGUACCUAGAGUGGCCCCAGCAAGCCAAGCAGCAGACCUUCUUCUGGGCUCAACUUAGGAGCUGCCUGGGCAAGCCCACAGUGACUAAAGAGCAGGCUCUUAGUGGUAGGAGCAGCAGUGUAUCCUCAGUGGGUGCUGUGCCUGUGAUAGAGCUCCCUCUAGAGGAUGGGAAACCAGCGAUAGCUAUGCCAAAUUUAGACAGAGAAGCAGAGCUCCACAAAGUAGUUCCUCAGGAGAUCGAAAAUCUUUCAGUGAGAAGUGCAGAGUUUUAUGGGCAAAGACCAAUCCCUGUAGCCGUGGCAUCAGACAAAAUAAGCCAAGCAUGUAGCUUGGAAUGUGUAUAGUGUCCCAAUCUCUCUCUGAAGUGCUGAGCUUGAGUGACUUCUUGGCCAUGCUGUAGCAGAUAAUGUGUUUGCUAAGCUGCUGGUAGCAUUAGCAAGUGUUUCAUAAUGAUGUCAGUGAAUAACAUGAUCUGUCUGCCACCCACCCUUCUGACAUGUACAGUGCUUACUCCCCCUUGAACUCUUUACAUUUUGUUGUGUUACAAAGUGGGAUUGAAAUAGAUUACAUUUUUGUGUCAUUGAUCGACACAAAAUACUCCAUAAUGUCAAAGAGAAAAAAAUUAUAAUAACAGAAGUAUAAGUAUUUAUUUAUAAGCACAAGUAUUCAGAAGUAAAAACUGGCUGAACAAAUCACAUAAUUUAUUAAUUUUUAAACCUUUAUUUAACUAGGCAAGUCAGUUAAGAACAAAUUCUUAUUUUCAAUGAUGGCCUAGAUCUGGGGGCAGAACGACAGAUUUUUACCUUGUCAGCUCGGGGAUUCGAUCUUGCAACCUUUUGGUUACCAGUCCAAAACUCUAACCACUAGGCUACCUGCCGCCCCAUGGACUCACUCUGUGUGAAAUAAUAGGGGUUGAUGGUAUUUCUGAAUGACCUCCCUUUCCUCUGUCAUCUGUAAGGCCCCUCAGUCAAGUAUUGAGUUUCAAGCACAGAUUGAACUACAAGAAGGGCAGUGAUUUGUAGAUGGUAAAAAUAACAAAUCAGACAUUGAAUAUAUCUUUAAACAUGGUCAAGUUAAUAAGUAUGCUGUGGAGGAUGUAUCAAACAACCCAGACACAUCAAAGAAACAGUCGUCCUUCUGAACUGAGCUGCAGGAUAGGAAGGAAACUGUUUAGGGAUGUCAACAUGCGGCCAUUGCAUUUUAAAACAAUUACAGAGUUCAAUUGCUGUGAUGGGAGAAGACUGAGGAUGGAUCAACAACAUUGUAGUGACUGCACAAUAAUGACCUAAAUGACAGAGAAAAAUAAUAAUACAAAUAUACAGAAUAAAAGAUAUCCCAAAAUAUGCAUAUUUAUGCAACAAGGCACUAAAGUAAUACUGAGGGGGGAAAAACACAGCAAAGGAACACACUUUUUGGACUAAAUGCAAAGCCUUACACAUAAUGUAUGCCAUUUAGCAGACACUUCCAAAACGAAUUACAUUUUGUGUGCACAUACACAUGCCAUGUAGAAUCGUCUCUGCCAUGUCAAAAGGCACGCAAGCCACAAAUCUCAUACGAAAACAGAACCAGUGGGGACUGCAUGUUAAAUGACAGUUGUUUAGAAUUAAAAAUGUAGCUUAUGCAAUGUAUUCAUGUCCAGUAAUAUUGAAAAAAAUGUGAUGGUUCAAAUAUUGAAAACAAUAUAAAUACAAUAAUGAAAUAUAGUUUCAUAAAUAUUUUUUACUUUUCUAUACUCUAUACCUGCUUUAAUGUACAUGUGAAUGUUAUUGUUAAUGUGUAUGGUAUUUACUAAUUUAGUAAAUAACAAAUGAGUUAAUUGCUUAUCAUAACAUUGCUUGCCUAAUGCAAAUUAAUUUAUGCCAAUAACUCUAAUAAAACAGUGUUGUUUUGACUGUUGAGUGGGUAUUUAGAAAUAGGGAUGUGUUAAAAUGCAGUGUAAUUCUGUUUUACAAUAUCAGUGUGAAGGGCUGCUUUGUGAAACCUGGCAAUAUAUACAACUGACCAAUAGAUGACACCCUUUUACAUUUUCAGGAAGUCACUUUAAGUUCGUGUGUGUGUGUCUUGAGGAAGAGAUCAGACUUAUAUCACAGAAACUGGCAGAUGUCAGACAUGAUAUAACAAACAGCAUCUGCGUGUAGUUAUAUGCCCAGCAAGACAACAAACAUACUUUUAUUGUAUCAAGUGUUUGUUCUAUGUAACAGAAUAGAGUAUUCUUAACUAUUGUGUGUGUAUUCUACUGAGGAUGAUCCUCUGGGACAUAACACUGACAGGAGAUUUACAAUGUAUUUUGGGUGAUAAAACCUAAAGAGCAUUCCAGAGCAUGAGUUAAUGUUUCUGUUCUAUAUGGUACCAGAGAGAGAUGGUUCCAGUUUGGAGUCGGAGGGACAGACACUGGUCUCUAUACAAUGAAAACUGUUGACACAGCAGAUACUGUCUGCUAUGUAUUAUAGGUAUCUUUCAUACAAAUCUUAACCUUGUGACCCAUUCUAUACAUCUUUUGUUUGUCAUGUAGGUUGAAAGGGGUGUAUCUUGGCUAUAAAAUACCUUUGUACUUUUGUCUCGGGGCUCUCAACAAAUCAUUUGAUCGUGAAUCGUCGACCAGCCAUCAUUAUCAUAGAGCACUCAAUUGAUUCACUUUAUAUGUGUGCGUUGUAUUCACCUGCUCCCUUAUUAAUAAGUGAUUCAAUAUUUAGUGUAAGUAUAACUCUGACUUGUGUGAUAAGUUUGUCUCUCCUCAUUUGAUAGUAAAAAAAAUGAACCACUACAGUUCCUAUUCUA